AUGGCUCCCAAAAACGAACGGGUGUUCGAGCCCAAUGCCUCUAUCGUGCUCGUCGGCUGCCGGGGCGCGGGCAAGCGCACCCUCGGCUUCAUGGGCGCUCUCCACCUCCGGCGCCGACUCGUGACAGAGGACCACUAUUUCGAGAAAGUCACAGGCUUCUCGCGGGGCCAGUACCUCGCGCGGCACGGGCGGGAGCAGUUCGCGCGGCAGAACAUCGAGGUGUUCAAGCGCAUGCUAAGCGCCAACCGGCUCGGGUGCGUCAUCGAGUGCGGCAUGAGCAGUUUGAGCGACGAGGCUCAGGACGCCCUGCGCCAGCUCACGGCCACCAACCCUGUUGUGUACAUCCACCGCGAGAAAGAGCAGAUCAUCCGUCUUCUGGACGCCGCAGAUGCCCAGCCGCUGCUGGAGGCCGAUGCGAAGCACAGGAGCUGUUCGAAUUUUGAGUAUUACAACCUCUACGAUUCAGGGACCUCUAUCUCCCGGCUCGGGGGCGGUGGCACAACCGGGUCAGACGCCGUCGGCUUAGCGGCAUGCCGGUCAGGGCCGUCGAAACUGUUGGGCGCGCAGGAGGACUUUACGAGGUUCCUCGACGCGAUCAUCGGGCGCGGGGCCACUAAGGCGUGGCUGCAAAGCCCCUUUUCCGUCGCGGCCAUCCCGCCCGAGUUCCGCUCUGUGUCAUUUGCGCUGCGCCUGCGGUUGUCCUACCUAAUGGACAUGGACCUUGAAUGGGAGGACUUUGAGGCCAGGGCCGACUGCAUCGAGCUGAUUAUCGACCACUGGCCCCAGGACAUGCUGGAGGUCAUCUCGCGGCAGGUGGCGCUGAUCAGGCGAAAGCUGCGGGUUCCGAUCAUCUACCAUGUGGAAGAGAACCCGCGCGGAGAACGGCGGCGGUCGCUCGAGGAACGGAACGCCAUGGACGCCGAGCUGUUGGAGUUGGGCCUGCGUCUUGGCGUCGAGUAUGUCAGCGUCGACCUCCAGCGCGACCCAGCCUUGACAAACUUGGUCCUGCAGCACAAGGGCCGAUCGAAGGUGAUUGGAAACUACUGGUACAUGGGCCUGGGGGCGCUGCCCUGGCAGGACGAGCAGCAGAUCGACAACUACCGCAGCGCGCAGGGUCUCGGCUGCGAAGUCGUCCGGAUGGGCCGCUUCUGUUCCAACGACAGCCCGGUCGAGUACCUAGAAAGCUACCGGAAGAGCCUCCAGGCUGCCGUACCAGGACCUAAACCACCUCUCGUAGCCUUCGACUUCUCCGUCCUCGGCAUCCGCACCCCUAUCCAGCCGCGGGUGCUCGCCCCCGUCAAGCACCCGGACAUGGAAAACGACCGCGACCACCUCGCAACCGUCUCCAACGCCGCCCACAGCCUCGAACUCCUCUUCCGCCAGUUCCUCCUCGACCCACUACAAUACUACGUCCUCGGCUCGCACGUCUCCUACUCCCUCUCCCCGGCCAUGCACGCCGCCGCCUACGACUUCACCGGCAUGCCGCACACCUUCCAAGCCGUCGCCUGCUCCACCCUCGAGUCUAUCAACCAGAUCUGCUCCUCGGACACCUUCGGUGGCGCCUGUCUCACGGCCCCCUUCAAGGUCGCCAUCAUCCCCCACCUGAAACUCAAAUCCCACCACGCCUCUGCCAUCGGCGCCGUCAACGUCCUCUUGCCCUUACGCGGCAGCACACCCGCGAUCCUCGAACACGCCAACGCCCGCAAUCGCGCCGGGCCAGCCCACGAGUUCUACGGCGACAACACCGACUGGAGUGCGAUACUCACCUGCCUGCGCCGCGCUAUCAGCCCGCGGAAUUACGUCCAGCCCUCGCGGACGACAGCGCUGGUCGUUGGAGCCGGUGGCAUGGCGCGUGCGGCUAUCUACGCGCUGUACCAGCUCGGAUGCCGGAAUGUUUUUAUCUACAACCGGACUGUGGAGCGCGCAAGGGAGGUGGCGGGGCAUUUUAACGCGUGGGCUGCCCAGGGUCAGAGUCAAUCUGGGGGACCACAGACUGAACCGGCCAAGGAGGUGUGCAGGGUGGUUUUGUCGCUGGCGGAUCCGUGGCCGAAGGGGUUUCAGUUGCCGACUGUGGUGGUGUCGUGUGUGCCGGCGACGAGGGGGGCGGAUGGGAGUCCGCCCGCGGAUUUUGUAAUGCCGUCGGGGUGGUUGGGGAGUCCCACUGGGGGGGUUGUUGUUGAGCUUGCCUACGAACCCCUCAUCACCCCCCUCGUAGCCCAAAUGCGCCAGCGAACAACAACAUCAUCAUCCCCACUACCAUCAUUACCACCAACAACCACAACCGCAGGCACAACAACACCCGGCCCCCACAACGAGAGUACAACCCCCAACAGCACAGCCGAUACCACAGCAGCAUUACCCAACCCCCCAUGGGUCGUGGUCGACGGCCUCGAAGUGGUAGCCGAAAUGGCCAUCGAGGCGUUUGAGCUGAUGACCGGGCGGAUGGCGCCGAAGAGGUUGAUGAAAGAGGUGUGUCGGAAGACGUGGGAGGGGCAGCAGCAGCAGCAGCAGCAGCAGCAACAGCAACAGCAACAGCAGCAUAAACAGGAGGGGGGAGAGGGAGGGUUUGAGGGGGGGCAGGGGCAGGGAUGGGUUUAUGUGUGA